AUGUCAUCGUACAGCUACAGAGGAGAGCACUGGGAUGAUCGUCCCGUCACUAUCAAGCGUUACGUCAUUCCCUCCGAAGAGCGGGAAGAACGCCGGGAAUUCGAAUCUAAUCGCGAGAUGGUUAUUCAUCGCAGAGAGUCUGAUGAACCCAUAACAAUUCGCCGAUAUGAACGAGAUAUCGAAUACGACAUUCCACGUCGAUAUGAUUAUGAUCGUGAGUACUCCUUCCAUAGUCUCGACUUGGAGAGACCGCAAGCGCAACCAGCAGCCGUUAUGCGCGAACAAUCAAUAACCCUUGAUAAAGUUCGAACUUCAUUUAGUCCCCGCGACUCCGAAUAUGAUAUGAUUCGCCGCUCAGAAGUGGACGAAGAUCCCUACUACUAUCACCGUCGCCACACCCAAUAUGACGAGCGUCGCUCACGUCGGGACUUUAGCCCCGGUGAAACGAUCUCUACUCGCCGCAGAGACCACGACCGAGAUUAUAGCAGCGACGAUAGCAUGGUUUACGUUCGCAAGGAGACCCGCAAAAUUAAAGAGGAUCACCACAAGCGCCACUUGGCUGAAGGUGCUCUUCUGGGCGCUGGUGCCGCAGAGUUAGUUCGUCACCAUCGUAAGCGUGAAGGUGAAGAAGUGAGCCACGGGGUGAGCCAUGCCGUAAGGACUGCCGGUGCCGGUGCUUUGGGCGCUGUCGCCAUCAACGCUGCUGGGCAGCUCCGCAAAUAUUAUCGAAGCAAGAGCCGCAGCAGACACCGCUCGCACUCAUUUGGUGAUGACUAUCAUCGCAGCUAUCACACCAGUCGCGGCCGCAGCUAUCACACCAGUCGCGGCCGCAGCCGCUCACACUCACGCCCUCAUGCGAAGACCCUAUUGGAGCUGGGCCUCGGCGCUGCCGCCGUGGCUGCGGGUGUUGCUGCCCUUCGAAAGAGUAACAAGAAUAACAACGACGAGCGUCGCAGUCGCUCACGCACUCGCUCUUGGUCUCGCAAUUCUGGCGGUGUGAGCACCACCCGGACGGAGGAGACCACCGAAACUGGUCGCAGCGAGUCACAGCGUCGAAAGCACAUAGCGGGCGCCGGUCUGGCUGGCGCUGCAGUGGUUGGUCUGAUUGAGCACGCAAGAAACCGCUCCCGAUCUCGCCACGGUAGAUCUCGUUCCAAGAGUCGUGUCAGAAAGGCUCUGCCAGUAAUUGCGGCUGGUCUUGGUACUGCCGCGGCCACGGGUCUUUACGAAAAGAAAAAGGCAGAGAAGGAGGUGAGGAUUGACCGACGCCAGUCUAGAUCUCGUAGCCGCCGUGGCUCGCCUGAGAGAUACACCGAGACUUCUCGCGAAUCUACAAACUUGAUCGAGUAUGGCAGGGAUCCUGUGACUGGAAGCAUCCCAGCUGAACACUACUAUGGUGCUCCUGCCAGUCCUGACGGCGCUUACUACUCGGAUGGGUUCGACCGACGCGAGAGCCGUCGCAGCCGUAGCCGCAGCCGUGUUCGAUACAGCAGCUCUUCCGGCGAAGAACGCCGCUCUCGAAGCAUGCACCGUAGCCGCAGCCGCUCGCGCGCACCUUCUGAGGCAAGUUUCGGUGCUGGCCUAGGCCAUACUCGCAGAUAUUCGCGGGAUCGUGGCCUGGCCGAAAGGGACCAUUUCCGUAAGUUACUCUUCCUUGAUUCAGAAGGCUUUAAACUCAUCGAUCAGACAGAUGAUGGUCACAGAAGUGACCCCUAUGAGGAGUCCUAUAACCCUGCUCCUUUUUCGAAUCCCUCGCCGAAUACCUACCAGCCGUACCGACCAGCUUCCACGCAUAACUACUAUCCCAACAGCAACUACUUCCCACCCCCUCCCCCUUCAACUGGCUCGACCCCUAACCUCCACUACAACCCUGCGGAUUAUCCUCCUCCGCCGGGUGCAGGUCCGCCGCCCCAGCCAUACAGCUCAGGGGCUCAGGGGUAUGCUGAGGCAUAUGCACGGCCACGGGGGGUUUAUGAGAAUGUGAGUGCUAGACAGAGAUUCUACUCUACGGAUCAGCACCACUUACAUGGCGUUAAAUUUGACUUUUCGCGGAACUCUUCCGCGAGUCUUCAGGAUCCAGGAUACGAAACCGAUGAUAGUGAUACUACCAUCCAUCCUCAUGAACACCGCACUCGCCCUCAUCCACCUCGUCACCAACGCCGCCAUCACCGUUCCUCAUCUGUGCCUUAUUCUGCAACACCUAAUCACCCAUCCACCCAUCGUUCUUCCUCGUCUCAUUCACAGCAUCAACAUCGAUCGAAAAUUACAGAAAACGAGCCUGAAUCUGACUCGACAGUAGAGAUUCUGCCAGACCGCUUCGACAAGAAUGGUCAUCUCAUUGAAGAGAGAGAACAUUCCACCCCUGGCAAAAUCGAGGACUUCGUGAACAGUCUCAGCUCAGCACUCUUCAGCUAG